AUGCGGGGCUCUCAUAGCGAAAUUGUUAAAGCCAAUGUCCCUGAAGGUACAUUUGAUAGGCUUAUACCCCCGAAAGAAAUAGCAGAGAACCUGAAGGAAAACGUUCUCCCACAAUUCCUCGACGUAUACGAGCGCUCCCGCAGCGAGUUCACAGCCAAGGGCUGGCAGGUCGUGCAGCGCGCUCUGAAGAAGCCGACGCUGAGGACCGAGGAAGGUCUCAGCCGAUUAUACGAACCGGCAAUUAUCUUGGCCUUGACGACCCGGAUCGACCUGCUAUGGGAGAUCUACGAGAUCAGCAAGCAGAUCCCCUUCUGGGGUAACAUUCAGGUCGUGUACUAUGUAGCUCGUUUCAACAAUAUUAUGUACAAGAAGCUUGCGCUGGCAAAUGAUCCACGGAAAGACGAGGUUGAGCAGCGUUUGUGGGUGCCGUCCUACGAUCCCUGGUCGUUCUGCAAGCCCGAGUAUGAGGACAUCGACGAGAUUCUGGAAGGCUCACGCUUUGAUUACCUCGAGAGUCAACACGGGAUAUACAACUACAAGUCUCCCAUGCCAGCGUACCAGUGGGACAGUUUUGGCUAUACCUUGAAUGAGCUCUACAUUAUGUGGGCUAAUGGUGGCUCGGAGAAGUGGCCAAUAGAGCGGAUUGAAGAGGCACUCGAUAAACAUGCAGAGUUUCUGAAGCCUUGGUUGGUCCGACCGCCAGUCUGGGGAGGUAACAGUACAAAAACUCUUCCAGAAAGCUCAGAGGGAUAA